CAGCAGGAGAAGGAAGAGACUGCAACAACAAUGAAGUUCUGUGCAAGACUAUUGUUUCUAAUGUAAGAACCAUGAAUCCACCUUGGUUUUGGGAUUUUUCUUGUAAAGAGCACCUGAAUAAAAAACAAAGCCAGAAAGGUAAGAACUUCUGGCCCAGAUACUUGGUACAAGAGGUGUCUUAAAAGUCACUACCUGGUGGACUGAGCAAUCUAGUCUGGCCACAUGUAGAUGGAAGAAGAAUGGAUGAUUCUAAGCUUGCUCUUGACUCGCUAAUUCUUGAGAACAUUAAAGAAAUGGAAGAAAAUGAUGAAAUCAGUGAGGAGAGUAACAAUGAUGUAAUACAACAUAAACAAAGUGGAGACACUGCCCCAGUAAUAGAACCAGAUAUUCCAAAGGUGGAAGCUUCAUCUAAACAGUAUGUAGAUCAAGAUACACAGUCUGACAGCAAAGUUAGCAUUUUCAGACGAAAAGAAUUCAUAGACCAAAAUGAUCAAACAUGCACUCCUCCUACCUAUGGAACCACUAGUAUAGAGUUCUUCAGAAAACAGUCCAGAAAUAGCCAGCAUUUUGAAACUCAGGAACAAUUCCCAGGCCAGGAAUCCCGCCGCAAUAGUCAGAAGCUACCUGGACAGGAAUCCCACCAUAGCACUCACCUCUCUGACCAGGAAUCCUGGCAUAGUCAGCAUUCAGGCCAAGAAUCCCGGCGUGGCAGUCAAGUACUACCUGGCCAGGAAUCCCGUCGCAGUAGUCAGCAGUCACCUGGCCAGGAAUCCCGUCGCAGUAGUCAGCAGUCACCUGGCCAGGAAUCCCAUCGCAGUAAUCAGCAGUCACCUGGCCAGGAAUUCUGCCAUAGCAGUCAGCAUAGUCAGCAUCUCCCAUGUCAAGAAUCUCAGCGAAGCAGUCAUGUUAGUCAGAAAUCUUCUAGAACACAACCUGUGAAUGAAGCAGAAACAAAAGAACAUCCAACUUGGGUCAGUCAAAGGACAGGGAAAGUGAUGAAAUGUGAAAGCCAGCAGACAAGUAGAGUUUGGGAGUUCAAACCACUUGCUGAUAUUCUUCAGCCUUUUAAUCAAGUAGUUCAUAAAAGCAGAAGUAUAAAGAAAGCAGCUGCUCACAUUUCUUCUCAGCUUGUAGGGCAAGAAGCAAGGAUCAGCAGCCAAGAGUCAGAGAGACAGGCUUCACAACAAGGUACUGAACAACCAAAAGAGGUUGUGUCUUGGAUUAGCAAAAGAGGAAAGUUAGUAAAAUGCACAAGUCAGCAGACAAGUAGAAUCUGGGAACAUAAACCCCUUGCAGAAAUCCUUUCUAAACAACAGGCACAGAGCACCAGAGUUGCUAGAGAAAAAGUGAUAACAGGAGAUAUGGUUCUUCCCAAGGAGCCAGAAAAAGAACAGGCAGAAAUAGCUAAGGCACAUCUUAUUAGCCAAGAAAGCCAAAAAUUUCAGCAAGAUGGUCAGAAAAUAGAAGGACAGGAAUCCCAGCAAGUCAGUCAGGAAUUAAAAGGAAAGGAAUCCCAAAAUGACAGACAAGUAAAAGAUUUGAUGGCUGCAGCUGGAAAAGUGGCAGAUAUAACACUACAGACUGACAGCAGUGUGAGCAUUUUCAGACGUAAAGAACUGAUAGACCAAAAUGAACAAACAGGUUUCUCUUCUGGCAGUUCAUCAAGCAGCAGAGGAUCUAUGCAAAAGUUUCUACAGGAAAGACCGCAACAAAAAUCCCAGGUCGGAACUCAAAAGGAAGGGCGGGAAUUAAGACGUGGCAGUCAAGAAAUGGAAAGUAAGCAGUCACUGUCUGUCACUCAAGAAUCCAAAGUUCAUGAAUCCAAACAUGAAAAGGAAGAAUCAAAAGGUCUAGGAUUUGUGGAUGACAAUAAAAAAACAGAUGCUAAAGUUCAGGAACCUUCAGCAGCAUCUGGCAAUGUUUCUGAUGAAAAAUGUGUCCGGAUGAUUGGAAAAAGUGGUGCACAACUUAAAUGUACCAGUCAGCAGACAAGUGAGAGUCUGUUCAAAGACUAUCUGAUAGAAUUAUAUGGUUCAGUUCCUAAAUGGAAAAAAAGUCAGCCCCCUGAGAGAAAUGAGUUUCUGAGGGAAGAUCAAGAAUCAAAAAUAAGAGCAGAAUUACAGCAGCACCUCAUGCAGGAAUCCAAAAAGAGCACCCAAGAGACAGUCUUGCUAGGAUCCAGAAAAGCCAGCCAACAGCUGGAAAUCCGAGAGUCUAGAAAGAGUCUCCAGGAGCCAGAGGUGCCAGAGUCCAGGAGAGCCAGCCAACAGCUGAAAGUCCGAGAAUCCAGAAAGAGUAUCCAGGAGUCAGAGGUACCAGGAUCAAGAAAAGCCAGCCAACAGCUGGAAGCCCGAGAGACUAGAAAGAGUAUCCAGGAACCAGAAGGACCAGGAGCCAGAAAAGCCAGUGAACAGUUGGAAGCACGAGAGUCCAGAAAGAGUCUCCAAGAGUCAGGGGUGCCAGGAUCUAGAAAAGCAAGCCAACAGCCUGAAGCCCGAGAGUCAAGAAAGAGUCUCCAGGAGCCAGAAAGACCAGGAGCCAGAAAAACCAGCCAACAGCUGGAAACAAGAGAGUCUAGAAAGAGUCUCCAGGAGACAGAAGGACCAGGAUCCAGAAAAAUGAGCCAACAGCUGGAAGCCCGAGAAUCCAGAAAAAGUAUCCAGGAGACAGAAGGACAAGCAUCCAGAAAAGCCAGCCAACAGCUGGAAGCUCGAGAGUCCAGAAAGAGUCUCCAGGAGCCAGAAGGACCAGGAUCCAGAAAAACCAGCCAACAGUUGGGAGCACGAGAGUCCAGAAAGAGUCUCCAGGAGUCAGGGGUGCCAGGAUCUAGAAAGGCAAGCCAACAGCUAGAAGUGCGAGAGUCCAGAAAGAGUCUCCAGGAGCCAGAAGGACCAGGAUCCAGAAAAACCAGCCAACAGUUGGAAGCACGAGAGUCCAGAAAGAGUCUCCAGAAGCCAGAAGGGCCAGGAUCCAGAAAAACCAGCCAACAGCUGGAAACAAGAGAGUCCAGAAAGAGUCUCCAGGAGACAGAAGGACCAGGAUCCAAAAAAGCCAGUCAAUUGCUGGAAACUCAAGAGUCCAGAAAGAGUCUCCAGGAGCCAGAGGUGCCAGGAUCCAGAAAAACCAGCCAACUGCUGGAAGCUCAAGAGUCCAAAAAGAGUCUCCAGGAGCCAGAGGCUCCGGGAUCCAGAAAAACCAGCCAACAGCUGGGAGCUCAAGAGUCCAGAAAGAGUCUUCAGGAGUUAGAGGCGCCAGGAACCAGAAAAGCCAGCCAACCGCUGGAAUCUCAAGAGUCCAGAAAGAAUCUCCAGGAGCCAGAGGUGCCAGGAUCCAGAAAAACCAGCCAGCUGCUGGAAGCUCAAGAGUCCAGAAAGAGUCUCCAGGAGCCAGAGGUGCCAGGAUCCAGAAAAACCAGCCAACAGCUGGAAGCUCAAGAGUCCAGAAAGAGUCUUCAGGAGCUAGAGGUGCCAGGAACCAGAAGAACCAGCCAACAGCUGGAAACUCAAGAGUCCAGAAAGAGUCUUCAGGAGCUAGAGGUGCCAGGAACCAGAAAAACCAGCCAACAGCUGGAAGCUCAAGAGUCCAGAAAGAGUCUUCAGGAGUUAGAGGCUCCAGGAACCAGAAAAGCCAGCCAACCAUUGGAAGCUCAGGAGUCCAGAAAGAGUCUCCAGGAGCCAGAGGUGCCAGGAUCCAGAAAAAACAGCCAACCGCUGGAAGCUCAAGAAUCCAGAAAGAGUCUUCAGGAGUUAGAGGUGCCAGGAACCAGAAAAGCUAGCCAACUGCUUAGAGCUCAUGAGUCCAGAAAGAGUCUCCAGGAGCCAGAAGGACUAGGAUCCAGAAAAACCAGCCAACAGCUGGAAGCUCAAGAGUCCAGAAAGAGUAUUGAAGAACCAGAGAUGCUAGGAUCCAGAAGAGCCAGCCAACAGCUGGAAUCCCGAGAGUCCAGAAAGAGUAUCCAGGAGCCAGAGGUGCCAGGAUCCAGAAAAGUCAGCCAACAGCUGGAACCCCGAGAAUCUCAAAAGAGUAUUCAAGAACCAGAGGUGCCAGAGUCUAAAAAAGCUAGCCAACAUCUGGAAGCACAAGAAUCUCAAAAGAGUAUCCAGGAGCCAGAAUUUCCAGGAUCCAAUAAAGUUACCCAGCAGCUAAAAACACAGGAAUCCUGCCAUAGUAUCCAGGAGGCAGAUGUACCAGAGUCCAGAAAAGUUACACAGAAGCAAUCACAGCAGAGUAGACAACUGUAUUUAGCUGAUUUGACUGAACAAGUAGGUGCCUCUGAAAGCCAAGCAAUUCUACAAAGAUUCACUGGUUAUCUAGAUAGGGAGAAUAAAGCUUUGCAGACAAACAGCAUAAUUUCUAUAGAAGAUGGAAUGUGGCUAAACAGAAAAACAGGCAAGCUUUUGUUAAAUCACACUCAACAAACCCAAAUUACCUCAUAUCUGGCCCCUAAUAAAAUAGCAGCGGAGGAUGGAAGAGUGGCAAGUCCAUUUGGGCCUGGGAGCCCUACGGAAGGAAUAGGGCCUCAGUUUGAAGAAUUAAAUCAGAUAAGUACUACAGAUGAGGAAAAGACAGAUCGGGUCCAGCAGCAACUUUUAUGCAAAGAAUCCCAUCCUGGUAGUGAAGAGAUUUCUGGCCAGGACCAGCCUGCAUUGGGGAAAGAACUUGAAUCUGACAUCCAGCAAGCUUCAAGUCAAGAACUGCUCAGUGACACACAAAACCCACAAAAUCUAGAGCAAACUGAGGGAGAAGAACAUGAGUUUAUAGAUGAUGUUGAACAAUUGCUACCUCAGCGCUUGAGUGAAGCAACACUAGAAAGCAUAGCAACUGCUGAAGGAGAUGAUAUAUCUCAACUGACAUAUAGUGCUGUUUCCUUAGAGGAAGGGUGCUGGGUCAAUAAAAGAACAGGCAGAAAAGUGGUAUCUCAGAAUCUGCAAACAGAAGAAUCUUCAUUUCAGAAACGUGAAAACACAGAGGAACCCCAGAAUAGUGACAACCCACCAGAAGAAGGCAUGACUGAAAUAACUGAGACAAGUGGGUAACAUAUGACAACAUAAGGAAAUGAAGGAAUGGAGAAUUAUCAUGAUCCCUAAGGCCACUAUAACCAGGAAGGAACCAGCCUGAACUCAGGACAACCCAAAGGAGUCAAGCAGAAAGUGCUCCAAUCCACAUUUGGUGAUGCAGAUGAUUCUAUCUGUAUCCUCAGACUCCAUAGAUUAAAAGAAAUCCCAGAUGUUUCUGUAAGAUGUUUCCCUGAUUAUCUCAUUAGAUUGCUCAAGUAGCAUCUAAUUCAGAGCAAAUAAAAUACUUCACUGCAUUCAACUAUCUGUUUUACAGUACAAACUGAAAUCCAAGCAAAGACCCAAUUCCCUUCUUUUAAACUGCCACCCAAUAGCAAAAUCAACCACAAGGGAAUGUCAACAAGAAUUAUCUUGCUUUCUGCUAAGCUCCAACAGCAAGUUCAAGCAUUAGGUGUCUAUCAUCUGAGAGAAGUGACUGCUCAACACAAAGGACAUGCUUGCUACUUAAAACUUCUCAGUGUUGAUACUCUACCCAUUUAUCUGCAGUGUCUAUCCAAAAUAUGUAUGUAAAAAUGAGAUGAGAGAACAGACCUACUUUAGUCAGGCCUUGGCCUUUGGGGAAAGUGUCUCUGCUUAGGACAGGUGAAAUGGACAACAUUCAGAUCUUCAACCCAG